CUCCAGUUGGUCUACGAGUUUUUCCUUCGCUUUUUGGAGUCGCAGGAUUUCGCACCCAACACCGGAAAGAAAUUCAUAGAUCACUCCUUCAUCAUUCCGCUGUUGGAGUUAUUCAACACCGAGGAUCCGAGAGAAAGAGAAUUUCUCAAGACCAUCCUGCAUAGAAUCUAUGGAAAAAUCCUCAAUCUCAGAGCAUUCAUACGCAAAUCUAUCUCCAACAUAUUCUUUCAGUUCAUUUACGAGACAGAACAGCACAAUGGAGUUGCUGAGCUGCUGGAGAUUCUUGGAAGUAUCAUCAACGGGUUUGCGACGCCCCUCAAAGAGGAGCAUAAAACCUUCCUGCUGACUGUGUUAGUGCCGUUGCACAAGGUCCGCUCUCUGACGCUGUACCACCCACAGCUGGCGUAUUGUGUCGUACAAUUCCUGGAAAAGGACCCGACGCUGACCGAGCCAGUAUUAUUGGGUAUCCUGCGGUAUUGGCCCAAAACCAAUAGCCCUAAGGAAGUUAUGUUUCUCAAUGAGAUCGAAGAGAUUCUCGAUGUUAUUGAACCCGCCGAGUUCCAGCUCAUUCAGGUGCCUCUAUUCACUCGCAUGGCCAUGUGCAUCUCCAGUCCUCACUUCCAGAUUGCCGAAAGGGCAUUGUACUACUGGAACAACGAGUAUAUCGUGACGCUAAUCUGCGAGAACGGAAACGUCAUUCUGCCCAUCAUGUUCUCUUCGCUCUACAAGGCGUCCAAAUCUCACUGGAAUAGGACCAUACACGGCUUGGUGUAUAACGCUCUUAAACUAUUCAUGGACACCAACCCGGUUCUAUUCGAAGAGUGCACGACCCGGUACCAACAAGAGCUGCAGAUGGAGGAGGAGAUGGAGAAGGAACGUCUACAAAAGUGGGAGGACAUCAAGACACUGGCUUUGCAGAACCCAAUCUCGGCGCAGAUUGACAUGAAGGAACAUUAAAUGGUAGAUGCUAUGCCCGUCAAUUAAUAAUAAACCAACCCAUUUGUCAACUGCAAACGUUUCC